GAGCGAUAGCAAACCGUGAAUAUAGCUGGAUAAAUAAGUGACAGUCUCUCUUUAAGGAUACACGGUGCAUUUAUUAAACAAUUGUAAAACUGAACGUGAAUCAAAAGCCAAGGCAUAAGUGAGACAGUGCAACACACCUGUGCCGGAAUUCUUAUAUAACUAAUUCACAGAUUAAAGCCGAACCAAUCUGACACUGAACCAACUAUAUAAAAUGGGUAGCAAGAAAAAGGAAGAACUAUUGAAGACACAGAACAAUGAGGCUGUCGGUGACGAGGGUGAAAUAGUCAUCUCAGGAAUAUCUGGCAAAUUUCCGGAGAGCAGCAACAUAGAAGAGUUCAAGCAUAACUUACUCAAUGGUAUUGAUAUGGUAACAGACGAUCCGAGACGCUGGGAGGCAGGCAUAUAUGGCUUACCCGAGCGCAUGGCCAAGAUGCGGGACGAGGAUUUGGAAAAAUUUGAUGACAAAUUUUUCAGCGUACACCAGAAACAGGCGGAACUAAUGGAUCCGUGUAUGCGAAUGCUACUGGAGCUGACACACGAGGCCAUCAUUGAUGCUGGCAUCAAUCCAUCCGAGCUGCGCGGCACUCGCACCGGCGUCUACAUAGGCCUGUCCUUUGUGGAGACGGAGCACGAGAUACCCAACAUGGAGCCGAGCAGCAUAAAUGGCUACUGCCUGACAGGCUGUGCCCGGGCCAUGUUCGCCAACCGCAUAUCCUACACCUUCGACUUCAAAGGACCCAGCUUCAUAGUCGACACCGCCUGCUCCAGCUCACUUGUGGCCCUAUCGCACGCGUAUACGGAUAUGCGGUCGGGCCGCUGUGAUUACGCUUUGGUUGCCGGCGUCAAUCUCAUCCUGAAGCCCAUAUUCGCCUUGCAGUUCCUGCGCCUGGGCAUCGUUAGCCAGGAUGGCUCCUGUAAGACAUUUGAUGCGGGCGCCAAUGGAUAUGCCCGUGCCGACACCUGUGCCGUGGUGUUUCUGCAGCGUCGAGCGCAGGCGAAGCGCUUGUAUGCAUCGAUACUGAAUGUGCGCACCAAUACGGAUGGCUUCAAGGAGCAGGGCGUCACCUUUCCGGACGGUCGAAUGCAGCAGCAGCUGCUGCAGGAGACGUACAGCGAGAUUGGCCUCAGCCCCGACAAGGUGGUCUAUGUCGAGGCACAUGGCAGUGGCACGCCCGUGGGCGACGACCAGGAGGCCAAUAUGCUAAGCAACUUUUUCUGUCACCCGGCGCGGCCCGGUCCACUGCUGAUUGGAUCCGUGAAAUCCAAUAUGGGCCACGCAGAGCCGGCGUCGGGCGUUAGUGCGCUGGCUAAAGUAAUCAUUGCCAUGGAGGAGGGCAUAAUACCCAGAAAUUUGCACUAUCACAAUCCCAAUCCGGCUGUGCCGGCUCUGGUCGAGGGUCGACUCAAAGUUAUGGAUCGCAACCUGCCCUGGCAGGGCGGCAUUGUGGGCCUCAAUUCGUUUGGCUUCGGCGGCGCCAAUGCCCAUGUCAUACUCAAAUCACACGAAAAGCACAAGAAGCCCUGCCCAAAGCCACACAAAACCCCAUUUAAGCUUGUCAUUUGCUCCGGACGCACCGAACAGGCGGUGCAUCAGCUCCUGGACGCGGCCACAAAGCAUCGCAACGAUGAUGAGUUCCUGGCGCUGAUGAACGACAUCCAUUUGAAGCCCAUUCCCUUGCAUCCCUAUCGUGGCUUCUCGCUGCUCGGCUCGGCGGGCCCAGUCAAACAGGAGAUCUGCCUUUACGAGGAGGAAAGGCGACCCAUUUGGUUUGUCUACGCCGGCAUGGGCAGCCAGUGGGCCAGCAUGGCCAAGGAUCUGAUGCAAAUUGAGGUCUUCAACAAGUCCAUUCAAUAUUGUGCUGAGGUGCUUACCCAAAUGGACUUUGACCUGAUCGAGGUUCUCACUCACUCAACAGAGAGCACAUUCGACAAUAUGCUAAACUCCUUUGUGUCAAUCGCAGCCGUGCAAGUGGCAUUGACGGAUCUGCUCAAGACGCUGGACAUUAAGGCGGAUGGCAUUAUUGGACACUCGGCUGGCGAGCUGGGCGCAGCCUAUAUGGACGGCUGCCUGACGGCCGAGCAAACGGUUCUGGCUGCCUAUUGGCGCGGUAAGAGCAUCUUGGAGACGCCAGGUCUGCCGCAGGGCAAAAUGGCAGCCGUGGGACUGAGCUGGGAUGAAAUUGGCAGCCAUCUGCCGCCGGACUGUUAUCCCGUGUGCCACAACAGCGACAACAAUUGCACGGUGUCGGGACCCGUGGCCAGCAUGGAUGCGACCAUACAAAAAUUGAAUGCCUCGGGUGUGUUUGUGCGGGCCGUCGAGUCCGGCGGUUACGCUUUUCACAGCAGAUAUAUCGCGGAUGCUGCACCAGUAUUGCGCAAAAAUCUGGAGCGACUGAUCACAGAUCCCAAGCUGCGCACGCAUCGUUGGCUGAGCACCAGCGUGCCGGAGCGCGACUGGCAAACGCCCGCUUGCCGCAUGGCCUCUGCGACGUAUUUCAUCAACAACCUGAUUUCGCCAGUGCUUUUCCAUGAAGCUAUUUGCCAUAUACCCAAGAACGCGCUGGUUGUGGAGAUUGCGCCCCAUGGACUGUUCCGAUCCAUAUUGCGCGCGUUGGGACCGAAAAUAAGCUAUGUGAGCCUCAUGCAACGGGGUCAUCCAAACAAUUCCGAGUACCUACUAAGCCAGAUUGGCCAGCUUUAUGCAGCUGGCGGUCAGCCACAGCUGCUGGGCUUGUCGCUAUCGCAAACAAUUAGCUAUCCCGUCUCUCGGGGCACGCCCAUGCUGAGCUCGCUAAUCGGCUGGGAUCACACACAGAAAUGGAGCUACCCAAAGUUUCAGGGCGGCCGACAGACAAGCCAGCUGUCCGUUGAACUGGAUCUGAGUAAGGAGGAGCACGCCUUCUUGGCCGGGCACAAGAUUGAUGGUCGCAUACUCUAUCCGGCUACGGGAUACUUAACACUGGCCUGGAUAAUGUUGGCCCAACAGAAGGGCUGUGACUUUCAGCGUACGCCUGUGGUUUUUGAAGAUGUCGUCUUUCACCGCGCCACGAUUCUCGGCCUGGACGUCGGAUCAGCAGUCCGGUUGGCCGUUAACUACUUCCAAGGCAGCGGCACCUUUGAGAUCUGUGAAGGCAGCAGUCUGGUAGCAUCGGGAAAAAUAAAGCUCGUUGCCAACGUGCAGGAGCUACAGCUCAAUCUGCCUGGACUGCCAGGCAGCGCUGGCGUGGCCAAGCUCUGCACCAAGGAUGUCUACAAGGAGUUGCGCUUGCGGGGCUAUGAUUAUGGCGGCAUCUUUCAGGGCAUUGUCGACGUUGACAAUUCAGGAGUUGCGGGCCGCCUUUUGUGGGCCGACAAUUGGAUUAGCUUCAUGGACACCAUGCUGCAGUUCCGCAUACUCAGCAACAGCAUGCGCGAAUUGUACGUGCCAACGGGCAUUGAGCGCGUCGUUAUCGAUCCGGUUAAGCACUUGGAGCUGGCCAAGCAGCAACAGCAAAAGCUGCCGGUCUCAUUCCAUCGCAACAUUUCGGUUGUCAAGUGCGGCGGUGUCGAGGUACACAAGAUAAAGACUGCACAGACCCAACGUCGCGCCGGUGGCCAGAGUCCGCCCGUUCUGGAGCGCUACAACUUUACUCCACACAUGCAGCACUUGGAUCCACGCGGGGAUCAGCAUCGUUCCAAGCACAUUGCCCUUACCGUGGCCAUGCAGCUGAUCAUCGAGAACAGCGGAGGAGCAGUCAAAAUCAAGGGAGUCGAGCUGGCUGGCACACGUACGGAAGGUCUCAAUGCCGUCAAACUUCUGGAGCUUAUUGAGAGCGAGCCUAUUUUGGUGGGCGAUAUAGCCGUAGCCACAAACAGCAACAGCAACGAGUCCGUACUGAACGCAUUGUUGCAGGACUCGGGAGUUCGCGUUAUUGUUGCGGAUCCUGCGAAAGCGGCCGUGGAAUGCCAGUGCGACUUUGUGCAUGCCGUUGACUUGCUCUCGACAGAAUGCACCCUAAGAGAUCUGCAACUGCAACACUGCAUUGACACCCUAAAGCCGGAGACUGGCUUUCUGCUGCUGGAAGAGAGUUUAAGUGCCUACAGAAGCACAGGACAGGCUCUGUUGCAGCGUCUAAACCUAUUGCCGGUUAUGGAACAAGUCUACGACACGGAUCGCACCCUGAUCCUAGCUAGAAAGUUAGCCGUCAAGGACUUCACAGCUUCGCUGGUUAUCCGCAUAUCCAAUAAUCAGUUCAAGUGGGUCACGGAUCUGAAAGCCGCGCUAUUGAAGUCACAAUCCGAGGGGAGUAACGUUUACUUGGUGGCACAGGGGGAGCCACAUACCGGUGCUUUGGGUUUUAUAAACUGCCUAAAACGCGAGCAGAUCGGCUACCGAAUUCGACUUUAUUUGCUGCAGGACCCGGAAUUGCCCGUAUUCUCGCUGACGGGCACGUCCUUUGCCGAACAAAUUGCCAAAGACCUGUCCGUCAAUGUUUACCGGAAUGGUAAUUGGGGUAGCUUUCGGCAUUUGCCACUUAACACACAUCAGCCGCUGCUGACUGUGGAGCAAGCCUAUGUCAAUACGCUGAUCAAGGGCGAUCUUUCGUCGCUGAAAUGGAUCGAAAGCCCACGGAACACGAAUGUGAACCUCAACAAAUGGGAGCCCUGCACAGUCUAUUUCGCACCUUUGAACUUUCGUGACGUGAUGUUGGCAUCGGGAAAACUUGGUCAAGAUGCGUUGCCAGCUGAUUUGGCACACCAGGAUUGCGUUUUGGGUCUAGAGUUUGCCGGACGUGACUCAACUGGUCGCCGCAUCAUGGCCAUGGUGCCAGCCAAGUCCUUGGCCACCAACUGUUUGGCCAACAAGAAUCUUCUCUGGGAUAUACCCGACAACUGGACCAUGGAGGAGGCCUCCACGGUGCCCUGUGUCUACGCUACCGUCUACUAUGCCCUUGUCGUGCGUGGGCAAAUGAGGAAGGGUGAGCGCAUCCUUAUCCAUGCCGGCUCUGGCGGUGUGGGCCAGGCUGCCAUUUCUGUGGCCCUACACCACGGGCUGACGGUCUUCACCACGGUCGGCAGCAAGGAGAAACGUGAAUUUUUACUGAAGCGCUUUCCCAAGCUGCAGGCACGUAACAUUGGCAAUUCACGUGACACAUCGUUCGAGCAAAUGAUUUUAAGUGAAACCAAUGGAGAGGGCGUCGAGCUGAUCCUUAACUCCCUGUCCGAGGAGAAGCUGCAGGCAUCUAUCCGCUGCUUGGGUCUCAACGGACGCUUUCUGGAAAUUGGCAAAUUCGAUCUGAGCAAUAACAAUCCUCUAGGCAUGUCGGUAUUUUUAAAAAAUACAUCCUUUCACGGCAUUCUGCUAGACAGCGUCAUGGAGGGUGAAGAAGAAAUGCAGAAGCAUAUCGUCUCGCUCGUUACGGAGGGCAUCAGGAACGGGGCUGUAUUGCCACUGCCCACCACUGUCUACACAGACCAGGAGAUCGAGAAGGCCUUUCGGUUCAUGGCAUCGGGCAAACACAUCGGCAAGGUGGUCAUCAAGGUGCGCAACGAAGAGCAACAAUCGGCGCUGCCCAAGCCGCGUCUAACCAAUGCCAUACCCCGCACCUAUAUGCAUCCGGAGAAAAGCUAUAUCAUUGUCGGCGGCUUGGGCGGCUUCGGUCUGGAGCUGGCCAACUGGCUGGCAACUCGUGGAGCACGCUACAUUGUCUUGAAUUCGCAUUCAGGCCUUAAGACCGGCUACCAAAGUCUGAUGAUCCGACGCUUGCACGAACGAGGAGUCCAGGUAAUCGUCGAUAUCAACGACGUGACGUCUGCUAUAGGCUGCAUAAAGAUGCUGGAGAGUAGCAACAAUUUGGCACUGGUCGGCGGCAUAUUCAACCUGGCUGCAAUACUAAAGGACGCGAUUUUCGAAGAACAAACGGUGAAAAACUUUGAGUUGGUGACAGCACCCAAAAUCCUAACCACAAUGCAUCUGGACCAAUGCUCGCGCCGCAUGUGCCCAGCGCUGGAACACUUUAUUUGCUUUUCAAGCUUGGCCUCUGGACGUGGCAACCCGGGUCAGACUAACUACGGUCUGGCUAACUCGGCCAUGGAACGCAUCUGUGAACUACGCCAAGCUGACGGCUAUCCCGGCAUCGCAAUACAGUGGGGCGCUAUUGGGGACACGGGCCUCAUCAUUGAGCACAUGGGCAACAAUGACACCGUCAUUGGCGGAACUCUGCCUCAGCGCAUGAGCAGCUGCCUGCAGACCUUGGAUAUCUUCAUGCAACAGCCCCAUCCUGUAUUGGCGUCCAUGGUGCUGGCCGAGAAACGCAAGCCGGAGCAGUCGAGUCGCCAGAGCCUUAUCUCCACCAUAGCCAACAUAAUGGGCCUGCGUGAUGUGAACUCAAUUCAGGAUAAGACAACACUCUUUGACCUGGGCAUGGACUCGCUUAUGAGCACUGAGAUCAAGCAGACACUGGAGAGAAAUUUCGAUCUGGUCUUGUCAGCUCAGGAAAUUCGCCAGCUAACCUUUAGUGCACUUAAGAACAUUGAUGCCCGAGAAGCACAGGUGACUGCCCCGCGGUCCGAUUCAGUUAUAGAGCCGACAUCGGUGAACGGUGCCAAUAUUAUGGGCCGGACGACAAUUGCUCAAACCGAUGAAACACGCCAGGUAUUCGCCAAGGAAGUAUUACCCCAGGACGUGCUCGUGCGCCUGCAUUCCAAGGCGACAAUCGCCAGCAAAGAGCCCGCUGCGUUUUUCCUUGCGCCCAUCGAAGGAUUCACCAUAGCUGUCGAAGCACUUGCCGCCUCACUCACCUGCCCAGCCUACGGUCUGCAGUGCACCGAGCAGGUGCCGCUGGACUCAAUUGAAGCUUGCGCCGCCUACUAUUUGCAGCAAAUACAAAAGCUACAGCCCCGUGGACCCUACAACAUUGUCGGAUACUCAUACGGCUGCCUUCUGGCACACGCAAUCGGCGUGGCGUUAGAACAGCGUCGAUUUAGCGUUAAGGUCAUCAUGCUCGACGGAGCUCCGACCAUGGCGAGCGGCUACGUGCAGGAGGCCAAAAAGCAGACGGAUGACUUGAACCGCCAGCAAUCCAUGACGUUGGCCUACUUUGGGGCACUGCUAGCGGAUGUGGACUACAACCAGUUGCUACGGAUUCUCGAGGGUGUGAAGACGUGGAAUCUGAAGCUAAACAAACUUGCGGAUACCCUAGCAUCGCAUACUCAACAGACCAAGGAUGUGAUCAAGAAAGCUGCCUGUAUGUUUCAGCAAAAGCUUCUUCUAUCAGAGAGCUAUAAGGGUGCAAAGCAGCUUAACAGCGACGUGGUACUCAUAAAAUCAGCAGAGCACAAUGCAAUUAUGACUCAGGAUGACUACGGUCUCAGAGAGAUUUGCAGCGCUCCGAUCGAUAUGCAUGUUGUAGCAGGCACCCAUAGGACAUUUCUCAAGGAGGCCCAAACGUUAAAAAUUAUGGAACGUGUUUUACACAAACACUCGUCUUAGUUGCGUCAUUUAUUUAAUAAUAAUAAUUUUACUUAAAUACAUUAUUUUUAAUUAAUUUUGUUUAAUUUGUAAUUUUGUAUUAGCUUUUUUUUAUUUCUUUGAUGAUUCAAUGCUCAACCUGUCUCUGUAUGACCUACACAUAUAUACAAAACUGUUAACAUUGUUCUGAUAAGAAAUAAGUUAAUAUUAUGAUACAUACUUACAUAAUUGAGUGCAUUUCAAUAACAUUACUAAUAAAAGCCCUUUUAACAGAGCACCAUUUAACAUACGAGUAUACUUUU